UCGCCCCGUGCUCUCACCCUGCUCCCGACAGAGACAGGCAAAAGGCGGAGGAGGAGCAACGGACCUCACAGUCAACAGACAGCAGUAACGUUAGGUUGGUAGGCUACACCGGCAGAAGCCCACGGCGGGAGGAAGACAUCACCUCACGGAGAUGGAAGGGUGCAAGUAAAAAAGAAUCCAGACUAGCAAGUCCUUAGAGAUGAGGAAACAUGUACAGAUAAAUGUCUAGAAGUACAGAGGGCAGGAUAAUAAAUCCAAGCAUACAAGGCCAUUUUCCAUUGACCAGUAAAGAGCCGGCAGAGAGAGGAAGAGUAGAGAAGUCGGGCACAGGCGGAGAGGAUAAUUGCAUUUCUGGCUGUCCUGUGGGAACAUGGGAUAUAUGACCUCAUCAUUCACCUGUGAGGCUCUCCAGUAAACAACGCCAGAUAGAAGGAUGACUGAAGCAGCUGUAGAAAGUACAGAUGUCCUCCUAAAACCCUGUGAUGUGACGUCAUGUGAAGUCAUCAGCUGCCCCUCCCCUCCGCCAUGUCUGUCCUCCUGCAAUCAGAAGGAGGGCGAAGAGUGUCACCAUGACAGUAAGAAGCUGGUGCAGCAGAAAAACUGUAACCAGGUGCAACCAAAGAAAAAAGUUAAGCCCAGAGGAAAGUUAGUGCGGAGUAUGGCUGUCUGUGAGGAGUCCUCACCAUUUGAAGAAAUCCAGGCAUCUCCAGAUGCAAACAUCUCAUCUAGCUGCCAUGAUGAGAGAACGUCCUGUAAGGAGGAUGAACAGGAGAACAGCACAGAUCCAAAGAAACAUUCACUGUCCAAAGAGUCCAGCAUGGAGUACACCGACUCCACCGGCAUAGACCUGCACCAGUUUAUCAUCGACACCCUCAACAGCAACCCCAGAGAUCGUAUGAUGCUGCUUAAACUGGAGCAGGACAUGAUCGACUUCAUCACCAGCAAUAGCCCCUACAAGAAGUUCCCUCACAUGUCGUCGUACCACCGUAUGCUGGUACAUCGGGUGGCGGCCUACUUUGGCAUGGAGCACAAUGUAGACCAGACAGGCAAGUCUGUCAUCAUCAACAGGACCAGCAGCACACGCAUACCGGAGCAGCGCUUUCUGGACGAGGUGCAUAAGGACAAGACAGAAGAGAUCCACCAGUGGAAAAUUAUUUUGAAGAGAGACAACAGCUCAGAUGACCAGACCCGAUUUCACCCUUUACGGGAGAAGCAAAGUAAGUCAAUGGAGGAGAGAGAAGAGGAAUACCAACGAGCACGAGACCGAAUCUUUAACCAAGAGACACUCUACACCCAGGAGCGCACCCAUGCAGAAACCAGGGCUGUGGAGGAGUACAAUCCAUAUGCUGAGACCCAGAGGAGAAGGCAGCUCUUCAGGGGGAGCCGUGACAGCUCAGGAUCCAGCUGGACAGGCAGCAGCAGGCAGAGUAGCACUGAGACUGACUGUCGCUAUAGCAACGACCCCCGACCUUGGAGCAGCACAGACUCUGAUUCCUCCUACCAAUGGACGGGUCCCGCCCAGAAACCCGGCCAAGCUGCUAACCACAGCUGGGACGCACAUGGUUCAGGCUCGAUCGCUCUUUUCCGACUGCAAACCACUUGCCCCUCGUCUCCUCCCAUUGUAGAUGAGCAGCCUUCUAACUGUGCCUACAUAAUGGAGAACGGGAUUCCGCCGGGAAGCAUAUUAGUGAACCCACAUACUGGGCAGCCUUUCCUGAACCCCGAUGGAACCCCUGCUGUGUACAACCCUCCGGACAGUCUGCAGCCAAUAAGGAGCCAGACUCAGCUGCAAAGCCCUCCCUCUCAGCACCAACAGCAGCAGGUGGUUCAGUACUCAUCUGUGUCUUACACAGCUCCACAGAUGUUGCCUGUCACUCCCUCACAGCCAUACACCACAAUUGAAGAUCUUUCCUCGCAGUUCGCUCAUGUGAGCUGUCAGUUGGCGGGUGAAGCCCCGCCCCUCUACCCUCCCAGUCAGGGUUACAUCUAUGCAGCUCCUCCCCCUCCUCCUCCCCCUCCCAACCCCCCCAGCUACUGCCAGCCUUCACCUCAGUUGCCUGUGUAUUACUACAGCCAGUACCCUACCUCAGCUCAGCACCCAUGCAGGCCUCUCUCACCUAGCCAGCACAUCCACAGCCAAGCAGCGCAACCAACAGCAGGUUACGCUCCUGCUGUGGGUGUGCAGCAGUCCUCACACACCCAGGGCCAGGCUGUGCUGGGGACCUACUCACCAAUGGCCCCUCAUCAGCGUAGCAUAGUUCAGGGAGGUGUUUCAGUCUCCUAUCCCCAAAGUAAAGUUGUGACAGGAGUUGGUGGGGAGGCGGGCUACUGCUGCGUGGUGCCCCCACCCUCCCACCACGGCAGCUGCCAUCCUCCCAGCUGCACCAACCUCAGUGCCCCGGCCUGGAGCGCACAGUACUGAUGAUGUCUCGACGGAUGGAGCGCUGAUACUUGAGUUCUUGCGUGAACCUACAUGUGUACACACACAUUCUUAACACACACUCCCUCACCUACACCUACCUUCCUCCUGACGAUGCCCACAGGGUACUCCGUUCACACUCAUAACAAGCAUGUGCACACUCUCACACACACACACAACAUACACCCACUCACAUACAGAAAUGUACCACUGUACCAAAGCUUAAUAGUAUAUAUCAGAGCUGCUGUAUUGAAUGCAUAAUUUAUAUACACAAAUGGAGUUUUAUAUUGAUAUUAAAUUAUAUAUUGUGUUCCAAGGAAAUGCACUGUGUGAAUAGAAUAAAGUGCUGUGGCUGGAUUGAUGAUGUCACAUUUCUAUAUCAUCCUGGCUCUUUGUUUCCUGCAAUGUUAAUGAUGAUGAUGCUAUGAUGAUGCUAAUGUAAGUGGAUGCAGGUGUGGCGAGAUACAUACGCCAGGAAAUAAAGUGCAUUAUAUGAGGA